GAGGCCAUGGAGUGUUUGUCAGUGUAUAAUCGCAAUCUCCAUUUUAUUCAAACUGAAUAAAAUAACUUUAAGUUGUGCUUUUUCAUCCUUAUCCUUAAUAAAACUGUGUGGAAUCUGUUCCAGAUUUUCGGUAUCUUAGUAAUGUACGUGUUGUUUUGAGCUUGAUACUAUUUCUUGGACUCUUUCCUGUAGAUCUGCCCCAGACUAUGAGCGCUGGUGGCCAUGACCUUCAAUACUUCCGUUUACCACGGCCUCUUCCUCAGUAACCACUCUCUAGGAGAGUCCUCCCAUGAGUCAUCCGAGGUACUCAACAUUUCCCGUGGAUGGGAACAGAGUAACGGCAGCUCUACUCUGGGCCAGGGAGGGGACUCGAACCACUCCCGGGUCAACCAGACGCCAACAUAUGGGGCUGCAGAGUACGGCACCCUAGGGGGGCACACUGUCCUGCAGGUGAUCGUCAUCGUCUUCCUCACAGGCUGCCUGUCACUGGUCACCGUUAUCGGGAACAUCCUGGUUUUGGUUUCCUUUAAGAUCAACAAGGCCUUGAAGACGGUGAACAACUACUACCUGCUGAGUUUGGCGUUCGCCGACCUGACCAUCGGCACGCUGUCCAUGAACCUGUACACCACCUACAUAAUCAUGGACCAGUGGGCCCUGGGGCCGGUGGUCUGUGACCUGUGGCUGGCCAUCGACUAUGUGGCCAGUAAUGCCUCGGUCAUGAACCUGCUGGUCAUCAGCUUUGACAGGUUCUUUUCAGUGACCAGGCCACUGACCUACCGGGCCAAGAGGACCACCAAGCGCGCCAUGAUCAUGAUCGGGUUAGCCUGGUCCAUCUCCUUCAUCCUCUGGGCUCCAGCCAUCUUGUUCUGGCAGUACCUCGUCGGGGAGCGUACUGUCCUGCCCAACCAGUGCUACAUCCAGUUCCUCAAAGAGCCCAUCAUCACGUUCUGCACGGCCAUCGCAGCCUUCUACCUGCCUGUGACCAUCAUGUCCGUCCUCUUCUGGAAGAUAUACCAGGAAACUGAGAACCGAGCAAAGAAUCUUGCAGUCCUCGGUGGGUCUGGUUCAGGCAUGAGCCAGCCCCAAGCAGACGACAGCGCCCGUGGCUCUGGUCAGAUGAGCGGGCGCAGUGGGCAGCAUGAGUCCUCAGACUCUCUCAAUCAGAUAAACAACAUUCAGCACUGCAGCGGCAAUGAGCUGAGCCAGCAGGCUGCUGCCGGGAAACGCAAGUAUGCCGGAAAGAGCCACAGGAGCAGAUUAAACUUUUGGUUCUCAUUAAUGCUGUCUUCUUGUCAGUCCUCAAAGAGGUCUAGUACCACAACGACUGUUGGUGAGACCGAGGGCAGCAGCAGUGAGGGCUGUAACAACGAAGACAACAAGACAGACUCGGAAGAGGAGGAAGCAAAGGGAAACACUGAAGCUGUUUACUCCGUGGCUGCAGAUGUUUUUUUGCAAGGCUCAGGAGAUGAUGGGGGCCAAGGACGGACAGAAGAGGGACCAUCGGGACCAUCCAAAGACGGAGAUAACUAUGGACAGCCAAGGGAAGUGAAAGAAAAAUCGAAUGCUGAAUAUCCACCAGGUAUCGGUAUGAAAGAAGCCACAAAUGCAAAGCAACUUGUCUCCAAGCCAAAGACGCAGUUCGUCAAGCGCAAGAGUGAUAAGAAGGUGAACGAGAAGAAAGCGGCUCAGACGCUGAGUGCCAUCCUGUUUGCCUUCAUCAUCACCUGGACUCCGUACAACAUCAUGGUGCUGGUCAACACCUUCUGCCAGGACUGCAUCCCUGAGACUCUGUGGGCCCUGGGCUACUGGCUGUGCUACGUCAACAGCACCGUCAACCCCAUGUGUUACGCCCUGUGUAACAAGGAGUUCCGCAACACCUUCCGCGACAUCCUGAUGUGCCAGUGGAGUAAAAGUCAGAAGAACAAGCUUCAGUUUCAGCAGAGACAAGCGGUCGGAUUCCGUAAGAACGAUCCAAUUUAACGGUUCUGUUGUUUGUUAUUCGGUUAAACUGAGGAGGCGCGCUAUGGCUUGUACCACUCAGCCAAUGGUAACUUUGAUCAAACUUUGAGAUGUAUCGGUGCAGACUUAAAGGUGCUGUAGGUAAGGCUUCUAUUUCAGUGUAAUAUGACAUUUUAGAAAUGGCCUAGCCAUUUUAGUGAUCUUUGAGAGUUUCUGUUUUGAGUUGCAUCUGUAUGAACCUCAGCUAAUUUCUGACCAAUUAGGGUAUCUCUUACCUGAUUGGUUUGGGGAAGGCAUCUGGCCUGUCAAUCACAGGUGUGAAAGAUAACACUUCUCAAUGGCGUAGUAACGUAGGAAGGGAUGAGAAGAAAGGGUGGGGACAUUUUGGUUCUUUGGUUUCUUGUUUUUAAAUCUUGCUCUCUCUUGAGAACUCUCAAAUCGUACCCACAGCACCUUUGAUUUAGCAUGCUGGCUUCAAUUUGAAGACAAGAAAGUUCUGCUCUUUGGCCUUUCUUGAGAAAACCAAAUCGCAAGUCGUUGAUAGGGGGAAAGAGCUCAUGCUUCAGCACAGAUAACACCAUUUACACAUAUACUCCAUUUACACAUGGUAUGUGUGUACAUGUAUAAUCUGUGUGUAGUUAUGUGAUUUAUAGCAUAAUAACACAGUAUUAAUUCCAAUGCUACACUCCACCUAGGGACUUUGGCUAAACUCCUCCAAACAAAGGAAGCAGGCUGGUGGUGUUGAAGGUUCAAUGUAGAAAAGUUGCACAAAUGAUACAUGAAGAUAUGGUGCGUUCCAGAGCCCAUCCAAACCAGUGGGACGUGGGACUUAUCCUACCUCCAACUAAGAAAAGUGACCUGGAAUGCCUGUCGAAGUGGAACAUCCCACCGUCGAAGUGGAACCUCCUACUAUUGAACUGGGGGGUGACUUCACAAAGUAGGAGCUAGUACAGUUCAGGUAGGAUAAGUCCCACAUCCCAUUGCUUUGGAUGGGCUCUGGAACGCACCAAUAGUGCUCCAUGUUGAUGUAGGAUAUCUCCCAGAGUGUCUGUGGAGAUGGCUGGUUUAACCCUUUGCACACUGAUUACUCAACGUGCAACAGCUUUGCAGCCUCAGUCAGCCCCAAGUCCAAUCAGGCUCGUCCAGGUGAGGCUGCUUCAAUCAGCCAUCAUCCACACACACUCCACUAAAAUAUGUUCCACAUAUAUAACAAGGAUUAUACGUAACAUAUGUUACCCAGGUAACGUGUAUUACCCAUAUAAAAUAUUACACAGAUAACUCAUACUGCCUAUAAAACACUUAUAACACAUCACACAUGUUACAUA